AGCGCUGCCAAUUGUCCACAAGCGCAGCAUCAGGCUGGCUCUUGGGGCCGGGGCCGGUGUGCUGACCGCGUACUGGUGCCAGAAUUCACUUUUGAACGACGCAAGGGUGUCCAGAGGCCUGUACAAGAACCCUCUUGUUUUGAGCAACAAAAACCAGCUGGUGGUAGACUCUCAGCAGCCCACCUACGAGAUGGGGCUCUAUGCUGCCUCGCAAACGGAACUAGAAAACGAGUCCAACGAGAUCCGCCGCGUGCAGAAGAGCCGCAAAUACACCGGCUGGUUCUACUACAUCAAGUACUGGCUGCUGGAUUACAUCUGGGAGCCGGUGAUUACUGUCACGCGGUUUGUGGAGCUCACAUCCCUAUUUAUACCUCUGCUUGCGACCUAUCCGAUAGUUUUCUUUGGCAAACGCAACAAGCAGGGCGACACCUCGGGAGCGUUGCUAUGGUAUCGGCUGGUUCGUCAUCUGGCAGAGCUAGCGGGGGCCUCCUUCAUCAAGCUUGGUCAAUGGGCCGCCUCGCGUACCGAUAUAUUUUCCAAAGGCCUGUGCGAGGAGCUGGCUCAAUUGCACUCCAAUGCAAAGUCCCACUCGUUCCGCUACACCAGACAGAUCAUUGAGAGCACCUUUGGCGGGAACAAGCUGGAGGAGGUGUUUGACGAGUUUGAUCCCGUGCCUAUUGGCUGUGGAGCCAUUGCGCAAGUGUACAAGGCGAAGCUCAACAAGAAGUUUGCCGAGGACGACCACGAGCAAUACGUUGCUGUCAAGGUUGUGCAUCCAAACAUUGAGGUCAAAAUUGAGAGAGACCUGCGCCUUAUGCGGUUCUUUGCGAACGCGAUAGACGUCAUUCCUACCAUGGAGUGGCUCUCUUUACCUCAAGAGGUGGAACAGUUCUCUAUCUUGAUGAAGAUGCAGCUUGACCUCAGAAUAGAGGGCCACAACUUGCUGAGGUUCAAGGAAAAGUUCCCUGGCGACGAGAUCCGUUUCCCAAAGCCGUUCAUGAAUAUUAGUUCGCGAAAAGUGCUCGUGGAACAGGAAAUCAAAGGCCUCUCGAUGACAAAGAUACUAGACCUCACCAAAGGAGGUAAACACAUCACCAAAGAGGUCAGCGACAGCAUGAUAGACGCUUUCCUCAAAAUGCUUAUUUUAGACAACUUUAUUCAUGCCGACUUGCACCCGGGCAAUAUUUUUGUUCGCUUUGUGCAGCGGGAUAGAAAGACGCGCAAGGUCACCUCGGACGAGCUGGAGACAGACCAGCUGAUGGCUCGUCUGCGCAAGAUCAACCAUGCGUCUGAGCUGAUGGCGGAGCUCGACAAACUGGAUGAAGAGGGCUACCAUCCUCAAAUAUGUCUGAUCGACGCGGGUCUGGUGACAGAGCUUGAUGACACCGAUAGAUACAACUUCAUCUCGUUGUUCAAUGCUCUGUCGCAGUUUGACGGCUACCAGGCAGGCACGCUGAUGAUAGAGCGCUCGAAAACACCAGGAUCGGCCAUUGACACGGAAGUGUUCAAAAUGAAGGUAGAGAGACUUGUCAAUAGAGUGAAACAGCGGACAUUCACACUGGGAUCGAUUUCAAUUGGAGACUUGCUAGACCAAAUGCUCGGCAUGGUGCGCUCGCACCAUGUCCGCAUGGACGGGGACUUCAUCACGGUGAUAGUGGCAAUAUUGCUCAUGGAAGGUAUCGGACGCCAACUGGAUCCGGACCUCGACCUUUUUGCGAGAUCGUUGCCAAUCUUGCGGAAACUUAGUUUCCAGGAUGGUAAACUAAUACUACAGAACAGCGACAAGCUACACAUGCUUAAGAUCUGGAUGACGCUCGAGGCCAGACAGUUUGUCAACGCAUCCGUGCACGAUGUUUACCGUCUCGUCAAGAGCGACGGCCUCUGUCCGGACUAUUAGGACUGGUAGCAACGAGAACACGUGUGGUGUGAGGUGUAUAGAGUGUAGGCGGACGGUGCGAGGCGUGACGCUGCUCACGUGGAGAAGAGUCGUAUAAAUCUCAGGUACGCCAGACAAUAAUAGUUGUUUAGAUUUCAUCGUUAGUUGGACAUGAAGUUUGGAAAGACGUUCCUGGGGCACCAGGUCCCGGAAUGGCAACACUCGUACAUGAAUUACAAGGCCCUGAAAAAACAGAUCAAGGCCAUUUCCCAGCAGCAGUUAGAGCUCUUGGCAAAAGACCCCGAGGCGGACACUUUGAACGACCCCGACAUUCGGGCAGAGCUCGCUUCUUUUUUCUUCAAUCUUGACCGAAAUAUAGAAAAAGUUGACGAUUUUUACAACAAGCAGUACAAUGAGUACGAGAGGCGUCUCAAGAAGAUAACAAGUGUUCUGGCGCCGUCACAGCUGCAGUUCAAUGACGACGAAGAGGCAGACGAGGUGAUAGGCAUCAUGCUCGAGUUGCGCAACUGUUUCCGUAACCUGAAAUGGUUUGGCGAGCUGAACAGACGCGGCUUUCGGAAGAUUCUCAAAAAGCUCGAUAAGAAAGUCGGAACCAACCGGCAGGAAGUCUACCUCAGUGCUCGUAUUUACCCGCUGCCUUUCUCCAACGAGUCUGACAUCAUCCGUAAUUUGAAUCAGAUCAAUUUGUAUCUGAACCAGCUGCUUCCUUCCAACGAGACUAACAAGAACC